AGGGGGGGGGAGCUGGCGGCUGGGGGAGGGGGUGACGAGCCCCGGCUCAGCACCUCGGAGAGCUCCCUCCCCGGCCUUGUUUUGCUCCGGAAUCGCUGCCGGGGGAGGGAGCGAAGGGGCCGGGCAGCAGGCGUCGAGGCCGAGGGAUGGCAGUGAAGAGGACGAAGGGCCCCGGGGGGCAGAAGGCCCAGCCGUGAUCCUGCGAGGGGGGCCGGGGCUCCGGGUGGGGUGGGGGGCAGCGGGCGGCAGCAGCAGUGGCCGCACAUCUGAAUGGAAGCGAGCUUUGUGCAGACCACCAUGGCUCUGGGGCUGCCCUCCAAGAAAGCAUCUUCCCGCAACGUGAUCGUGGAGCGCAGGAACCUGAUCACCGUGUGCAGGUUCUCUGUGAAAACCUUGCUAGAGAAGUACACAGCGGAGCCCAUCGAUGACUCAUCCGAGGAAUUUGUUAAUUUCGCAGCCAUUUUGGAGCAGAUUCUCAGUCACCGUUUUAAAGCAGGUCCAGUGAGCUGGUUCAGCUCAGAUGGGCAACGGGGCUUCUGGGACUAUAUCAGACUGGCCUGCAGCAAAGUGCCCAACAACUGUGUGAGCAGUAUUGAGAACAUGGAGAAUAUCAGUACAGCUCGAGCCAAGGGCCGGGCAUGGAUCCGGGUGGCUCUCAUGGAGAAGCGUAUGUCAGAAUACAUCACCACAGCUCUUCGGGACAACCGAACUACCAGAAGGUUCUAUGACUCCGGGGCCAUCAUGCUGCGGGAGGAAGCCACUGUCCUCACCGGGAUGCUGAUCGGGCUGAGCGCCAUCGACUUCAGCUUCUGUCUAAAGGGUGAAGUUCUGGACGGGAAGACGCCUGUGGUCAUCGAUUACACGCCCUACCUAAAAUUCACCCAGAGCUACGACUACCUGACGGAUGAGGAGGAGCGCCAUAGUGCGGAGAGCAGCACCAGCGAGGACAACUCGCCUGAGCACCCCUAUCUGCCUCUCGUCACCGACGAGGACAGUUGGUACAACAAGUGGCACAAGAUGGAACAGAAGUUUCGCAUUGUCUAUGCACAGAAGGGAUACCUGGAGGAGCUGGUGCGUCUGCGCGAGUCGCAGCUGAAGGACCUGGAGGCGGAGAAUCGGCGGCUGCAGCUGCAGCUGGAAGAGGCUGCAGCGCAGAAUCAGCGUGAGAAGCGGGAGCUGGAAGGCGUGAUCCUGGAGCUGCAAGAGCAGCUGACAGGUCUGAUCCCCGGUGACCAUGCCCCCCUGGCCCAGGGUUCCAAGGAGUUCACCACACCCAUGGUCAACCAAUGGCCCUCCCUGAGCACACUGAAUAGGCCUGAGGGUGCCGGCAACUCCAAGCUAUAUCGGAGACACAGCUUCAUGAGCACCGAGCCGCUGUCUGCAGAGGCCAGCCUGAGCUCAGAUUCCCAGCGCCUGGGAGAGGGCAAGCGGGACGAGGAACCCUGGGGCCCCAUUGGAAGCUCAGAACCAAAUUAGUGGCUCCCUCCGAGUGAAUGCCCAGGAUUCAACGCAUGCAUUUUGUGUUGACCUCACCCCUGGCUCCACCUUGUUCUUCCUUUUCUAGUUUUCCCAGUGCCUGGACUUCCUGUCUUUCUUUCUUUAAAUAUAUAGAUCUAUAACUACACUGUAUCAGGUAACUGGAUUUUGAGACACAGCAGGCUUUGGACAUGUAAUCCACCACACUGUGUUUGUGACUGUGUGUGUGUGUGUAUCUCCCCAAUCAGACUGUGAGCUCCGAGAGGGCAGGGACCACGUCUUGUCCAUUCUCUGUAUUCCCAGAAGUGUGAACCAGAGCAAAUGCUUACUGUGUGCUUAAUAAAUGGACAAAGAGGCUGAAGGUCAGGGGGAGACAGAGAUAUAAACUGAUGUUUACAACACAGUGGCCCAAGCCCCAGGCAAGGCAUGCUGAAUCAGGGUUUAAUUAAAAAUGGCAGAUGCUCCAGAAGAGGCCAAGAGUCUCCUGGGGGGUGACCUGAGAACUGCAGUAGCCCAUCCAAGAAUCCCCCUGACCCCCACACACAGUCUGGUUGGUCCAGCCUCACCCACCCUCUCUCCCCAGGGAAGGACCCCACGCCCUCCAUGCUGGGCCUCUGCGGCUCCCUGGCCUCCAUCCCCAGCUGCAAGUCCCUGGCGAGCUUCAAAUCCAACGAAUGCCUGGUGAGCGACAGCCCUGAGGGCAGUCCAGCGCUUAGCCCGAGCUGAGGAACAGCGUGGGCAAUGCCAGCCCCAUCUACUAGGGGCCAUGGACAACUGCCACCGUUGAGUCCCCCACCCAGGCAACCCUUCAAGAAUGCUGCCCACCUAGCCAAGGGUCUCUAGGGAAAGACAAGCCAGUCUCUUCCUGCUUCAGGCCGGCUGAGGAGGAGGCAUCAGGAGUUGCCCUGGGGAGUGGUGGGGCCAGGGGGGAGAGGUACCCAGGCCACAGGCGGUCAGUCCCCUGGGGAAGCCUGCUUGGUUCCCUCUGCUCAUCUUCCACACCUGCCUCAGGAGCAGGUGUCCAGUCCUGGAACUCCUGCUACCCUGCCUCUGGUCUUUCCCUGUAUAUCCCUGAAGUCACCCUUCCUUGGUUCCUAUGUAGGGAGAGAUUAGGCAAAUAAAAACCAGAGGACUGA